AUGAUUCCUCCAACUUCUGAUCGUGUCGAAUCAGUUACAUCAAAUGAUAAAAAUGCUCGAAUUUAUCAAGAAUCAAUAAAUAGAUUAAGAAAAAUAAUUGAAAAACCUGAUGAAGAACGUUUAAUGUUAAUAGAAAAUCGCUUAACAGAAUUAAAUAAUGAAUGGGAUAUUGAACGUUUAUUAGAAUUUAAUGCUUCAUCAUUAUUAAUAAUAACUGGUUUAUUAUCAUAUAU